UGAAGAGACGCAAUGUUAAAAAAAAUCAUAAACCGGGAAUUUCAAGUUCAAUGACAACAGGUUUUGAACAGUUUAUCCAUUCAGAUAAUUUUUAAAAACAUUAUUGCUUCCAAAUAUGGCAUAAUUUUUAUCUUGUAAAGUAACGUUUUACUGUGAAUACUAUUCAGGAUUGUAUUUCCAGUCAACUAUUUUGACACAUAACCUAAGUUAAUAAAAUCAAGUGUAAAUAAAAUACCUGCUGUUUAAUACUUUAUUAAGUUAUGCAAUUACUAAUUCAAGCGAGUCCAAUUAUGAACAAAAUAAAGUAUUGGCGUCAAGCAUUUAGUUUCAACGAAGUACAACUUACAACAUCUCAAAAGGUUGUUCUAUGGAGCAUCGGCGUUGUUGGAACGAGUGCUAUAGUGGUUGGAGUGCUAUCUCGAUAUUUAGCUAGACGAAGAGCUAAGCCUAUUCUCAACCCGAGGAUCCAAAGAGCUAUAAAUAAAAGAUUGUCCCGUAUGAGAAGCCCAAAUGGAGGAAUGGGGUCAUUAGCUAGCAGUGGGGGUCGUAGCAGCCCUUUAGGGUUUAGUGAGAGGCUCUCAUUGGCAUCUGGUUCAAUUGGCUCUGGAGGGGGUGAUGCUGCGCCAUUAUCACCCCAACAAUUAGGUGUAAUGGGAAUGGAGGCGUUGGAGACCAGCAUCAACUACUGGGAGGACGCGUUGGCGGCCUUCUCCUUGGGCGCGCGCGGCGGAGUGUCGGGGGCGUUCGCGCUCACCUCACCUGAGGAAGCAGAGUUCUGUAGAGAGAUACAGGAGUUGCUGCAAAACGCCUACCAUUUACAGGAGCGGUGCGAGCUACUGUUCCUGGACCAGCGGUCGGUGUUGUUCCGAUCGGAGAGCGGGGGUGGCGGGGCGGGGGCGGGGGUGGGGGGUGCCGGCUCCGGGCGGGGGGAGGGCGCGCGCUCGCGGCUGCUGUCCACGCACACGGGAUCGUCUCACACGCGCCGUGACCAUCACUCGAGUGCAGAAUCCUUCGCCUCGGCUGAGGACCAGGUUGCAGAUCUCCGAGAAUUCGACGACCUUUCAGAACUGUUGCCGGAAUUGGAUAGUUUUGAGUUAUAUCAAAACGCCCUAAAGCAAUUGGAAUCCGGUAUUCCUUACAGGACUCUGCGCACAGACGUGUUACAAUGCGGCUCGGACUCAGAAUUCCUGUGCAAACUGCACUGUUUACGCGGCGCCUUCCACACGGUGUUCCGCGACGCCGCGCAGUGGGCCUGGUUCGUGGACGCCGGCCGGCAGGUACUCACCGACCUGCUGCUGUACGCCGACAAGGAACCUAAGGAAUUUUUAGUCGCCUACGAGGAAAUGGUGUCAUGGACAUCGGAUGGAGCUAACUGGCCCACGAUACAAAAGGAACUUUUCAGCAAGGGCGUCAAGGUGCUAUCGUUCUACGACGUGGUGCUGGACUACAUCCUGCUAGACGCGUUUGAGGACCUCGCGACCCCACCCUCCUCCGUGCUUGCCGUUGUGCGCAACCGCUGGCUGUCCGAUGGCUUUAAGGAGAGCGCUCUAACGACGGCCGUGUGGUCCGUGAUAAAGGCUAAGCGUCGCUACCUACAAUACCCGGACGGCUUCAUGGCGCACUUCUACUCAAUAUCCGAGCAUUUAUUACCGGUGCUCGUAUGGGGCUUCCUCGGGCCAAGGGAACGUCUGAGAGACGUCUGCGAAUCCUUCCAGGCUGAGGUCGUCGGCUUCAUUUGUGACAUAUUCAGCUUCCAGAAAUGCCGCUACACUACAGAGGAAGAUCUAGCCACAGAUAUACUCCAACAUGCUAGGGUGCGAGCAGCCAACAUUACGGACAAACUCGCCGAUAGAACUUAAGCCGAACUUUAGAGUAAGAUUAAAUGCGAUUUCAAUGCUUUGCGCAGACGCACGGGAAUACAUCAAACGUACAUUCCUAAUAUGCAUUAGGGUUGCUGCUUAUUACAGUAGCCUCAUUACAGUUUUACGAGUAUUCAGUUCAUGCGUUAAUAUAUUCUUGUAUCCAAAUAAAAUGUGCGCGUUAGAAAAUUUUGUGGCUUUUAAAUAGUGCCAUCUUCUGAACAACGCAGCGUACUACGAUAAGUCCUGAAAAACAAAUAACGUACACGGUCGAUUUUUAAAUAUGCACUUAGCUCACUAAUAGUUAAAUUGGUGAAUAUAUCUUAAUUAUAUAUCAAUUAACUGACAUUAAUUCUUAAUUGUGGUUUUCUUUGACAAGAGUCCAAUAAAAAGACCGCUAAGUGCGAGUCUGACUCGCACACGAAGGGUUCCGUAAUAUCUUUCAAGGUCAAGCACAGGAAUUGUCAAUAAGGUAGAACAAAAACUGCCGAAAUAAUUGUAAGGAUUGUUUUUAUUUACUUAGGGACCUCAUAAGUAGUAUCUUAACGAAAAAUAACAUA